GUGGGUGGGAAGAGUCCGGAGAGCUCCGUCCGGGAUUCUGUGCUCCCCAGUGACAGCAGCAGCAGGAAGUCGGUGGGCCCCUUCCGGGGGCUGAGGCCUCUUGCUCUCCGAGGGGAGAACACUGGACACUUCCCCACGCAACUCCCAUCUCUGGGCCCCGAGUGUGUUCAUGGCGAAGUCCCCGGAGAACUCUGCCCUGGAGGAGAUUCUGGGGCAGUAUCAGCGGAGUCUCCGGGAACGUGCCAGUAGAAGCAUUCACCAAUUGAAACGUGCCCUGAGAGAAGGUGAUGUCACUAUUGGAGAAGAUGUAAUGGAUCCUUCUUUUAGUACCAGUGUAGGAAAUGAGGAUGCUGGGAAUGCCUGGCGUGAACUGCAACACAGCCGUGCUGUUAAUCAACUCAAAGCUUUGCUGUGCCAACAAGCAACUAAGGAGAGUGAGGUAUCUCCAAGAAGACGAAAAUUGUCCCCUUUGAAAUCAUCAGAAUAUGAGGAAACCGAUAUGCCUGCUCUACAGGAUCUUGUUCCCAUCAUCAGUGACCAGUCUCAAUACAUUCAUCAUUUAGAGGCAGAAGUCAAGUUCUGCAAGGAGGAACUCUCUGGAAUGAAAAAUAGGGUACAAGUAAUUGUGCUUGAAAAUGAAAGGCUCCAACAAGAGCUGAAAUCUCAAAGGCAAGAGGAAGCAAUGAGGGAACAAACACUUCUGGAUGCAUCUGGAAACAUACAGAAUUCUUGGAUUACAACAGGUGAAGAUUCUAGGGUGGAUGAAGCUGCCAAGAGAUCAUUUUCCAAUGGCAAUGCAGAUAUUAUCAAAGCUGCAUCUGCUAGUGAGGCUGAAAAAUGGAAACUAGAACUGGAGAGACUAAAACUUACUUAUGAGGAAAAGAGUGAAAUCCUGGAAUCUCAAUUGAUGUUUUUGAGGAAAGACCUAGUUGAAUCUCAGAAAAAUUGUGAAGAUCUUAAAGAGCGACUAAAGCAUAAAGAGUCUCUUCUUGCUGCUAAUAUUUCUAACCGUGUUGGUGGUCUUUGUUUGAAAUGUGCUCAGCAUGAAGCUGUUCUUUCCCAAACCCAUAAUAAUGUUCACAUGCAGACCAUUGAAAGACUGUCUAAAGAAAGAGAUGACUUAAUGUCUGCACUAGUUUCCAUGAGGAGCAGCUUGACAGAGGUGCAGCAAAGAGAAGCAAGUGCUUAUGAGCAGGUGAAACAAGCUGUGCAAAUGACUGAGGAGGCCAACUUUGAAAAAACCAAGGCUUUAAUCCAGUGCGAACAGUUGAAGAAUGAACUGGAGAGGCAGACAGAGCGGCUUGAGAAAGAACUCGCAUCUCAGCAAGAAAAAAGAGCCUUUGAGAAAGAGAUGAUGAAAAGAGAAAUAGCAAAAGAAAGAGAGGACAUGGGCUCAAAGAUGUUGACCCUAUCUCAGAGUAUUGCCCAACUGGAGGCUCAGGUGGAAAAGAUUACAAGAGAGAAGAUUUCAGCUGUUAAUCAACUAGAGGAAAUUCAAAACCAGCUUACUUCCCGGGAAAUGGAUGUCACAAAGGUGUGUGGAGAAAUGCGCUAUCAAUUGAAUAAAACCAAAAUGGAGAAGGAUGAGGCAGAAAAGGAGCACAGAGAGUACAGAACAAAAACUAAAAGGGAUCUUGAAAUUAAAGAUCAGGAAAUAGAGAAAUUGAGUUUAGAACUGAGUGAAAGCAAGCAGCACUUGGAACAGGAGCAGCAGAAGGCAACCCGGGCCGGAGAGGAGUGCCUGAAACUGACAGAACUGCUGGGCAAAUCUGAGCACCAACUGCACCUCACCAGACUGGAAAAAGAUAGCAUUCAGCAGAGCUUUAGCAACGAUGCAAAGGCCCAAGCCCUUCAGGCCCAGCAAAGAGAGCAGGAGCUGACACAGAAGAUACAGCAAAUGGAGGCCCAGCAUGACAAAACUGAAAAUGAACAGUAUUCAUUGCUGACCUCCCAGAAUUCAUUUCUGACAAAGUUAAAGGAAGAGUGCUGCACAUUAGCCAAGAAACUGGAACAAAUCUCUCAGAAAAGCAGAUCUGAAAUAGCUCAGCUCAGUCAAGAAAAAAGGUAUACAUAUGACAAACUGGAAAAGUUACAGAGAAGAAAUGAUGAAUUGGAGGAACAGUGUGUCCAGCAUGGGAGACUACAUGAGAUAAUGAAGCAAAGGCUAAAGCAACUAGACAAGCACAGCCAGGCCACAGCCCAGCAGCUGGUGCAGCUCCUCAGCAAGCAGAACCGGCUUCUGCUGGAGAGACAGCCCGUCUGAAGAGGUGGGACGUCUGAGAUCCCAGGUCCUGGGAGAAGCACAGGUUGGGCAGAGAUCCUGUGGGACCAACAGCCAUGGAACGAUGUUCACUGCUCUCACCCGGCUCCUCCAGUGUGUGCAGCCACCUCAUCCUGUACCUGUGCGGCCAGACCUCGACCAGCACUCAGCUGUCUGGGCAGGUCCUUGAGGGGGGCCCUGGGUGGUGCCAGCCAAAGGUUGGGGCCAUCGGGUCUCCAAGACAGCUGGAGGGACUCACAGCACCAGUGGAGCUCCUGGCCUCCAAGAGCUGAGAACGACUUCAGAACUUGGGUUGUGGAGAGUCUUCUAUACAAGCUCUGAGCAUGUGGCGGUUUCUUCUCCAUUCUGGACCAGAUCAUUAUCCUGUGGGGUUUGCCUUUUAACUCCCCAUCUGCCUACCUGACAGCCCACUUAGAUCUUAACAUGGGUCAUCAAUGCUUAGAAACCUCUUCCAGGGCUUUAAAAACCUGAUAAUUGCCAAAUGGAUUGCAAAAUUUUUGUAAAAUGCAUUUAAAAAAAACCCUAAAACCUCAAAAUUCUUCAGAAAAAUGAGCAGGUCUUUUUUCCCUUGCCUGAAGC